CGCAUCUCUUAUCAGUGUACUGUCUUCGUCUUUCAUUUCUCUCUCUGUUAAUCUUCACUUGAUUCGAUUUGCUUUUGGGAGAAGAAGAAGAUCGAUCGAUCCAGAGUUCUCUUUAAUUACCUGCGGUCUCUUCUUCUUCUUCGAUCCGCACAAGGGCGUUGUGAUUCCGCAUCGAUUUUGUUUGCCAUUUCCUUGAAUUCGAUCGAUUACGUAGCUGGAGGUGGAAAUUAUGGCGACGACAAACAAUAGCCGCCACCAGGAUAGCAACCCCAACACCCCCGCCGCGGCAGCGAUGGCGAAGCAGACAGUGGCCCCUGCGAAAAGUGUCGAUACGCAGUCUGUUUUGAAGAGGCUACAGUCUGAGCUUAUGGCCCUAAUGAUGGGCGGCGAUCCUGGCAUAUCUGCCUUCCCCGAAGAAGACAACAUAUUCUGCUGGAAAGGAACAAUCAGCGGCAGCAAAGAUACAGUCUUCGAAGGAACAGAGUACAAGUUAUCGCUAGCCUUUCCCUCCGACUACCCUUUCAAACCUCCAAAGGUUAAGUUCGAGACAGCCUGCUUUCAUCCCAACAUUGAUGUCUAUGGAAACAUAUGCUUGGACAUAUUACAGGAUAAGUGGUCAUCUGUGUAUGAUGUGAGGACAAUCCUGCUCUCAAUCCAGAGCUUGCUUGGGGAACCAAAUAUCAGUUCGCCUCUCAACACACAGGCAGCAGCUCUCUGGGGUCAUCAAGAAGAAUAUAGGAAGAUGGUGGAGAAACUAUACAAGCCAAGUGCUGCUGCUUAGCCUUUACAGUGCAGUGCAUCUUCUGCUGCUGCUGCUGCUGCUGCUG